AUGGCGGAAGGCUUUGCCAAGGACGCCCCUCAAGGGUUUAGAAACUACGUAAAGAACGUCGCCAUUGUCGGGGCUGGUGGUAACAUCGGAAGGGCCCUCGCAGAGCAGCUUCUCAAGACAGGGAAACACACAGUGACUGCCAUCACGCGAACGGACAGCACGAGCAGCCCGCCCCACGGUGUGAAAAUAGCCUCCGUCAACUACCAAAACCAUGAUUCUCUCGUCGCAGCCCUGAAGGGCCAAGACUUCCUGAUCAUCACCCUCUCUCUGAGCGCUGCGCCGGGUACCCACACCUCCCUCGUCCGAGCCGCGGCCGAAGCAGGCGUUCCCUACGUCAUGCCCAACGCCUACAGCAUCAACGUUCACAGCGAAGGCAUUCAGAGAGAUGUCCCAAUCGCGAAAGUCGUCCUGGAAAACAUUGCAGAGGUCCAGAAAGCUGGAUUGAAAUCAGUCACACUAAUCAAUGGGUUCUGGUACGAGUACAGCCUUGUCGCGGGCCCUAGCACUUUUGGGUUUGACCUCAAAAGCCGGACCGUCACCCUCUACGACGACGGCAGGAAGGCCAUCGACAUCUCCACAUGGGCGCAGUGUGGCCGCGCUGUGGCUUCGCUGCUGAGCCAAAAGAUACUCCCCGAGGACGACAACGACAGGUCGACAACAAUCUCCCAAUUCGACAACAAGACUGUCUUUGUCUCAAGCUUCAGGGUCAGCCAACGGGAUAUCCUGGACAGCGUUAUGAGAGUGACGGGGACCGCGGACAGCGAUUGGAAACUCGAACACGAGAACAGCGAAAAGAGGUACAAAGACGGCGUCGAUGAGUUGAACCAAGGCAAGCAGGACGGGUUCUUGAAGAUGUUGUAUGCUCGCGUGUUCCAGCCUAGCGGCGAUGCGGACUUCGAGUCUGACAACGACUUGCUGGGUCUUCCGGUCGAAGACCUGGACGAGGCCACGCGCAAAGCUCUUCUGGUCUAG